AUGGCGUCGGAACAAGGAGGAGCCGGGGACGUCAAUCCUACCCCGAUGUUUCAGAUGUCAAAUGCGACUGGCAACGCUGCCUUGGACUUCAAUGUGGAUUUGGACGAUAUUUUCAGUGAGUGCUAUUAUCUCGAUCUUCCAGGGGGGCAGCAGCCAGCGGCAGCCCCUUUGGCCGGUACCCCACUAGUACCAGUGCCAAGUAUUCCAGCCGCAGCAGCAGCCCCAGUACCGGUACUAGCUCCACCACCUGUUGCCGCCCCAGCUCCUGCCAAGCGAUCGGCUGCAGAGGCGGGUCUCCCAACAGAAGCAAAGCCCGCACCAGUUCCUGCCAAAGCCAAGUCUUCUGUUUCCGGUGAUGGUAACGGUAAUAAUGGUGGCGUAGAAGAACUCACGGAGCAACAAAAGCUGGAGCGGCGAGAAAGGAACCGCGAACAUGCGAAAAGAAGUCGGCUGCGUAAGAAAUUCCUCUUGGAAAGUCUACAAGAACAGAUCCACGCCCUUCAGGAACAACUAGAAUCCUUCAAGGUAGUUGUGAAGGAAUAUGCUCCGGGCAAGGCGGAAGAUAUCAUCACUCGAAUCUGCGGGAACAAGGAGAAGUAUACCCCCCUACCUACACCCAGUGGCUUUGGCCCUGUCAAAACACUGAUGGAGCCUGAUUUUAGACUCAUGUCAGCAUUAUCGGGAUCACAGCAAAAUUUUGCCAUUUCGGAUCCGACGCUUCCAGAUAAUCCUAUUGUUUACGUGUCACAGGGUUUUUUGGAGUUGACUGGCUACACCCUGGACCAGGUUUUGGGCCGAAACUGCCGAUUCCUUCAAGGUCCUGGCACGGACCAAAGCGCCGUGGAGGUUAUUCGAAAGGGUAUAAAAGAAGGUGUGGAUACCUCGGUGUGUCUGCUCAACUACAAGGCAGAUGGUACACCCUUUUGGAAUCAAUUCUUUGUGGCCGCGCUCCGUGACGCAGAGAACAAUGUUGUGAAUUUUGUUGGUGUGCAAUGUGAAGUAUCCAAAGCGGUGGUUGAGAAGCACAUGGGGGAUGGUAAGAAAAAGUAA